AUGUCGCAGGACUUCCUAUUAAGGAUUAGUGUAUCGCAUAAGGUCCACGGUAUCAUCAUAUGCCACGUGACCACACCUAUUGAGAACUCGAAUCGCUGGCUGCAAGAAGUCCUGAUGAAAAUGUCAAACAACCCAGAACAGCAGUGGGAUAUCACCCUCCCAGAUGCCCUGGAAGUCCUUCGGAAAAGAAUAGUGGGUUACCUUGGGUUCUCCCCUACUGAGAUAGCCCUGGAUCAUAUAAAGGCUUUCACGCCAAGGACCUCGUACCUCAACCCGGACAAUGCCGACGAAGAGCUCUGGACGGAGAAUGAUACAGCAAUCCGACGCCCCAAUCUCAUGAGGAGACGGGCUGUCGAUGUUAACUCUUGA